GCUCAUAACUUGAUUAGCACAGCACAAGUUCUUCAUUCACAAACAUUAUAGAAAGCCUUCUUUAUCCUUUAAAUCUUUCUAUUCAUUGUUUGUUUGAUUUAAUACAAGGAAGCAUCCUGUACAACAAUGGCUAUUCGUCUGCCUCGUAUUAUUCAAGCUAAGCAAAUUCUUAGGCGCUCCAUAUUGACGUCUAAUGCUGCCAUUUCAGCUUCUGUAGAUGUUCCAAGAGGCUAUUUAGCAGUUUAUGUUGGAGAAAAUGAAAAGAAACGAUUUGUGAUUCCCGUUGCUUACCUGAAUGAGUCCGCAUUCCAAGAAUUACUAAGCCAAGCCGAGGAAGAGUUUGGUUUUGAUCAUCCAAUGGGGGGUUUGACAAUCCCCUGCAGAGAAGACAUGUUCAUUGAUCUCACUUCUCGCUUGAGUAGAUGUACGAGUUAACCGAGCUGGCACGCAGUGUUAGACAAUAAUAGUAUUUAGUUGACAUAGCAAAGCACAAACUUUGUAAUGUAGAGUAUGCAGAUUGCUUUUGUACAUUGCUUUUUUUUCCAUGAAAGCAGAGCAUUAUGACUAUUUGAAGCUGUCUGAAACUGCCAUUAGUAGAGGAACAAAAUACAGCUUCAAAAGAAUGAUUUAUUAAUCAUACUUAUCAGAUUCGACCUGCAGCAUUCUUCUGUUUAAGAGGAACAUUUGCAGAAUAACAUUCAUGAUCCAUGCUACUCUUCA